AAAAACAAAACACACAAUCUCCUCUUGCUCUUGUUUCUUAGAGUUUCAUAUUUCAUUUUUUCGCCUCAUCCGCUAUGGCAAUUGUACCUCACAAGCUAUCAAACCCGCGAAGCGAACGCCAUAUGUUUUCUUCAUCAGAUGACAAUGCAAUGAUGAAGCAAAUUCAGGCCACUCAUGCUCCUGAUGGCCGUGAAUUUUCUGUUAGACCUCUUCUUAAUCUUGUUGAAGACAUUUUCCAACAAGCUGCACCCACUGGCUUGGCUACCAUUGUUCAUCAACAAGUGGGAGCUCAGCAUGCACAACUUGAGGCAAUGGAUGAUAAGGCUCUCCAAAAUGGCUCUCAUGAAAUGUUGGAAGUCUUGUCAUACACAAUCAACAAAAUUUCCUGCGAGAUAUCCUGCAAGUGCUCUGGUGGUGGGGACGCACAUGCUACCACAUUGGCAAUAUUUCACUUGCUAUCAAGCUACUCAUGGGAUGCAAAGGUGGUGCUAGCCUUAUCAGCAUUCGCAGUAAACUAUGGCGAAUUCUGGCUUGUUGCCCAGCUUUACCUUACAAAUCCACUGGCCAAAGGAAUUGCACUCCUUAAGCAAUUGCCAGAUAUAAUCGAACGUUCUGCUGUUUUGAAACCGAAGUUUGAGGCACUCAACAACCUUAUCAGGGCUACUUUGGAUGUUGCCAAAUGCAUUGUUGAAUUCAAGGAGCUUCCAUCUCAGUACAUCUCUCCUGAUGCACCAGAAAUGUUAUCUGCUACUGCUCAUAUCCCAACUGCUGUUUACUGGACCGUCAGGAGUAUUGUGGCUUGUGCUACACAAAUUAUUGGCCUCACUGGGACGGGCCAUGAGCAUAUAGCAUCGACGACCGAAGCAUGGGAACUAUCAAGUUUGGCUCACAAGGUCAGAAGCAUUCAUGAGCAUCUCAUGGCGCAACUCACUCGUUGUUAUCAUCAUAUAGAUGAGAAAAGGCACCUUGAAGCAUAUCAAACACUCGUUCGCCUGUUCGAAACUAUCCACAUCGAUAACAUAAAGAUUCUCAGGGCUCUGAUUUAUGCCAAGGAUGAUCAACUACCACUCUUUGUUGGUGCCAAGAAAGAAAGGGCUAGCCUUGAUGUGCUAAGGAGGAAGAAUGUGCUGCUAUAUAUCUCAGAACUUGAACUACAAUAUGAAGAGCUUGAAAUGCUUAGACAAAUAUAUGAGGAGACUCGGCAGCAUCCAACAAGAGCAGAGAGCCAAUUUGAGGUAGUCUGGCUCCCUGUUGUCAACCGAUCAACCCCAUGGAAUGAUGAGAAGCAAAAGCAAUUUGAGAGUCUUCGAUCAAUGAUGCCAUGGUACUCAGUGUUUCACCCUUCACUGCUUGAUCCAGCAGUCGUCAGAUACAUCAAGGAGGUGUGGCACUUCAACAAGAAGCCCUUGCUCGUGGUCUUGGAUCCACAAGGAAAAGUAGUGAAUCCUAAUGCUAUCCAUAUGAUUUGGAUUUGGGGAAGCACAGCUUUCCCAUUCACCAGCAACAGGGAGGAAUCACUCUGGAAAGAAGAAACCUGGAGAAUUGAGUUACUGGCAGAUACAGUUGAUCCAAAUAUCCCUGCCUGGAUAGAAGGACAGAAGCACAUAUGCUUGUAUGGUGGAGAGGACAUGGAUUGGAUCCGCAAAUUCACGAAAACAGCUGAUGCAGUUGCACGAGCUGCCAACAUUCAAUUAGAGAUGCUUUAUGUAGGUAAGAGCAAUCCAAGGGAUAAAGUCAGAAAAAACAAUUCAACUAUUCAAGCAGAAAAGUUGAGCCAUAUAUUGCCAGACCUUACAAUGAUCUGGUUCUUCUGGGUGAGGCUAGAGAGCAUGUGGCACUCCAAAGUGCAACAUAACAGAACUGUAGAAAAUGACUUAAUAAUGCAGGAGAUUGUGACCAUGCUCAGCUUCGAUGGAAGUGAACAUGGCUGGGCUGUGAUCAGUAGAGGAUCAGGGCUUCAGGGUCAUAUGGCAAAGGCAAAAGGGACUGAUAUUUUGGAGUGUUUUGAAGACUUCCAAUCAUGGAAUCACAUUGCAACUGAAAAGGGAUUUGUGCCUGCACUUAAUGAUUAUCUCCAUGGACACCAUAACCCACUGCACUGUAACAGGUUGAUUCUACCAGGGACUACAGGAACCAUACCUGAGAGGGUGGUGUGUGCUGAAUGCAACCGCCCCAUGGAGAAGUUCAUCAUGUACCGCUGCUGCACUGAUUAGGCCUGUGUUUAACUAAGCUAAUACUGUGUGCUAAGGUAAUAACUAUGGUUUGAGAUAUGGAAUAGAUAGGAAUUUAAUAAAUGUUACUGCUGCUGUUGUAGCCAGUACUUGCUUGUUUGCUUUAGAAGUUGUAUAAUUAAGAUGUUGGAUAUGCAGGGGAACACCUGCAAUCUCUCUCUACAUUCUCUCUCUACAUUUGUAAUUUUUCCUUUUAAGUAUCCUUUUAAUCUCUUCAGCUUUAACUUUGACAUAUGCUCUUCCUUAUGGAGCAAAAAAUUGAUCUCUCGUUAUCUUCAUCUUUUUAC